AUGAGUCACGUAGUCACCAUCGAGGAGCCCAAGGCCAAGCCGCUGGUGUCUCGACCCCAGUGCGGCGAGAGGUGGGGGGCCGGGGGCAAGGUCUCCUCCAGUCGAGCGUACGAUUUCCUGUACGAUCCAUUGUUUAUUGUGUCAAGUGAGAAAGACCACACACAAGCACAUAUCCAAGCCACCCUGAUUCGGAGUAGACUGAGAAAAGUUCCUGGAUUUAGAACCAUGUUCAGUGACCUAAUCCAUUAUCCAAGAUAUUCUGUAUAUUGGAGCAAGUCUGAUCCUGUCCCACCAUUCAUCAGUCGGGAAUGGAGGGGACAUGAGGAAAAACACAAAGAAGCCCUCUGGCAGCUUGCCAGAACUGACACUUCUUUUCAGAUGCCUAAAGAAGUUUAUGAAGAUCCUGAAGUUACUGGAAGGAAUCGCUAUAAAUACUUUGAAAGGCCUUUCCUUCCAUUUAUUCAACAGAUGCCAUUCAGUGUUAUUUAUGCACCAACCAAGACAGAACCAUAUACUCUUCCUCCCACUUCUACUAAGUAUGCACCCAUCCCUCCAAAGUCUACCGUGAGCACUCAGACUGAUUAUCGGGAUGCUGAUGUUCAAACAGAUCCGUACACUCCAGAAUAUGUAAUAUGUCAGGACUCAAUUCCUGAGCUCUUGACCCUGGCUACUCUUACAUGGGGUCGAGGUCUCCCAGCAGGACAAGCCGAGGUGGAGAUGAUAGAACGAGCCCGGGAGAAGCGCGCUUGGGAAGCCACUCUUCCCCCUCUGAGUGACACCUCCCAGUUUGAGAAGAGGAGGAAGAUGAUGAAUGCGAUGGAGAGGAAGGAGUGGGCCUUCAGAGAGCAGGAGAUUGAAAAACUGCAGGAGAUUCGCCUGGAAGUUCUAAAAGAACUGCUGAGGAAGCGUGAAGAGAAUCAAAAUGAAGUGAACAUGGAGCGCUUGAAUGCCCAGUGGUCUAAACUGCAGGAAGCAAAAGAGGCGAAAGUUGCCGAGAUCCAGCGCACAUACAUAUCAACAAUCAGAAAGCUUGUAGGAAAGGGAAAGAAUGUAGAAGGGAAGUUGGAGAGAAGAAAUAUCAUCAAGGAUUAUUCUGAUUAUGCAUCACAGGUCUACGGACCUCUAUCUCGCCUUGGUCGUUUCCCAGACAACAACUCAGAAGACUUUGUAGUAAAAAACCACUAUCUCAACACCUAUGAAGGAUUAGUUGAACUUGAGUCAUGUCUCCCAGAUUUCGUGACACAACCCCGAAUCAGACCUCCAAAGCCAAAAGUCAUUACCACCAAAGCUGGCUUUCUGAAGAGGGAAGCAAGGAUGGACUAUGAAUUGGCAGAAGUUCAUAAGGCACUGUUGAAUAAGAAGAAUAAAGUUCGUGAAGCAAAGAAACCUCUGCGCUUCCUUCAAAGAAACCCAAUACCUCAACCUCGGCUUCCAACUCCAACCUUGGAAAUGAGCUCCAAAGAAGAAGAAGAAAUAGAAAUGGCUGUGAUCUACCUUCAAAAGUUACUCCGGGGCAGAGUUGUUCAGAACAUGAUGUUUGAAGGGAAAGAAAAGAGAUUGGAGUUGAUCCAGGAGUUGCGUACCAGCCACGCACUGCAAGAAGAUGAAAAGCUGGUGAGAGAAGCCAACAAGCAAGUGACCCUGGCCUUACAGCGGCAGAGGAACUUGCAUCAGCAUAAGGUGUCACUAGUUGAAAACCAUCUGGCUGGACUGGCGGGAAGGACGCUGGCAGACAUGUUUGACUUCCUGUCGAAAGAGCUGGUGAGGCUGCAGGAGGAGAGGAGGGUCCACGCCUUUGCCAUGCUGGCCGAGCGCCAGCGGCGGAUGCGAGAGGCCGAGGAGAGUGGCCGGCGCCAGGUGGAGCAGAGACGCCAGCGGGAGGAGGACCAGAUCUUUAAGGAGGUGAUUAAAGUUCACCAAAGUACUGUAACCUCCUAUCUAGAAGACGUAAUACUGAACACUGAAGAGAGUACUGCAGAAGAGCAAGCCCGAGCAGAAAUUGAGAAAAUGGCUGAGGAAAUCAAUGCCAUUGCUUAUGAAAUGGAAAGCCGCCGAACAUAUCUUCAGUCAGAGGAGAUUGUUGCCGAGUUGGUUUAUAGUUUUCUGAUCCCAGAGGUGCAAAAAGAUUUUGUCAAAGAAAAAGUGAGGAACGCACAGCGGAAACAUAUUCUUGCAGCCCAUCAGAUCAUCCACAAGCACACAGAAACCAUGGUCCAAAAGAUAUCCACUGAGCAACAGCAAGAUAAGCUCUCAGAUGCUGGCAAGUCACUCAAGGAAGAAACUGAAAAUGAAAACAGCUAA